UCAACAAAAAUGGCGGAGAGAAGAAAGGUUCCCGCAUCUGACGAGAGGUUGCAAGAGACAGAUCGCCAGUUCCUAGAGAGGACCAAUAUUGGAAACAUGGUGAAAGAUGUCCUAGCAAAAAUCAUAUCUAACAGACCAGAGGACCCAAUAGACUUCCUGGCCGAUUAUUUUGAAGCCCAGGAGGAACAGAGCAGUGCAGUGGAGAGAGCCCGACAUGUGCUGUUGAUGACACACCACAGUCGGCCAGUGUUCGAGAGCAAUGUCAGGGUGGCAUAUGAUAUUUUGGGGAAAGUGAAAAUUGCCAAUAGUAAAGGCGUGAAGAGGCGAGGCGUACAUGGAGCGAACUACACAGACCUCAUACAAAGCCUGUGUCGAGACAUGCCACCUAUGGUGACCACCAAACUCCGGAAGCGUAUCGAGUGUACAGACUUUGAAGCUGUUCCUUAUGAUGUGUUCCGGUCAGGGAUGUUCACUUGCUGUGUUCUUCUAGAUUAUGGGAAGUUGUCUGAACUUUUGUUCCGCUCACUGGACAUCCAGAACUGUGGCAAGGCGGACAAGGUUCUGUGUGACGCCGUCCUAGAUCAGCUGAGGACAGCCCUGGGUAGUUCCAGGAACGAUGUCAAGAGGAUUAUGGAGUCUGGCUACAACCUGGGCCCAGAUGGGCUGUACUUUGCCCUUGAUCGGGCGCUGAGCCGAGAACAGUCCGGUGGCUUCCAGACGAACGACCAGUUUGUGACUGAAGCAUGUGAGGCAUUUCUGACAAAGGUGAAAAAACUCACAUGACGUCAAUAUCAAUUUUUCAUCACGUCAUUCACAUAAUUCACAGUCGUCAGUCAUUUCACCUUCGUUGCAUGAAAAUUUGUUGUAUAUACGAGCGACAGCUGCUUACUCAUGUUAAUAUGCAGGAUUUAUUAACUUAGCUUCUGAUUGAAAAUUUCAGUGUGUCAGUGUUUUAAUAAUUACUAAUUGGUACAUGCUCUAAAUCAUCCAUAUUCAUAUUAAUGAUAUAUGUAUGACAGAGUUUAAAUGCUGAAGGUAUUGGCUCUAAUCUAUUCCUGGCCCAUGGCUAUUGUUUGUACAUAAAGAUGAACAUUUUUGUUGAAAUAUUUGUUCAAUGUUUCAUAUUGUAUCUAUCAUGUACAUAUUAAUUUAUAUACAUCUACACACAGAAUGUAUUUUUUUAAAUGGUCAUCAUUUAAUCAUGGAAACAACCCAAAUUGUUAAAGUUUUCUUUGAAUAAAACAUGUUAAAUAUAA